CUCGGCUGAUCCUCGGCUCACGCGGGGAGAGAGGAAAGGUCGGCCGCUGGCGGCUGGAGCUCCGUGGGUGCGGUCUUCGGGCGCGCGGAGGCCGGCCGGGAGCGUGUCUACGGACGGCAGCCCUCCUCCCCUUGCUCAGAAGUUGAACGAGGCACUUGGAUUUCACCAGUAGAAGAGAAAAGUAGACCACAAACGGGACCAUAUUUGGAGCUAAAAUGGAACAAGCAGCUGAUGAGCCAAUGAACAACCCGAUCACACAGACACAUCUGACAGAAAACAUUCCAAAAGUGAGUACUGACACCGAAAAGGUCAGCCAAAACCAGGCCAAGAAAUGUACCGUGAUCGGGGGUUCUGGGUUCCUAGGACAGCACAUGGUGGAGCAGUUGCUUGCAAGAGGCUAUGCUGUCAAUGUAUUCGAUAUGCGGCAAGGGUUCGACAAUCCCCGGGUACAGUUCUUUCUGGGCGACCUCUGCAGCCAACAGGAUCUGUACCCAGCUCUGAAAGGAGUAAGCACAGUUUUCCACUGUGCAUCACCCUCACCAUCCAGUAACGACAAGGAGCUCUUUUAUAGAGUGAAUCACAUUGGCACCAAGAAUGUCAUUGAAACUUGUAAAGAGGCUGGGGUUCAGAAACUCAUUUUAACCAGCAGUGCCAGUGUCAUCUUUGAGGGCGUCGACAUCAAGAAUGGAACCGAAGACCUCCCUUAUGCCGUGAACCCCAUUGACUACUACACGGAGACGAAGAUCUUACAGGAGAGAGCCGUCCUGGGCGCCAAUGAUCCAGAGAGGAAUUUCUUAACCACAGCCAUCCGCCCUCAUGGCAUUUUCGGCCCAAGGGACCCCCAGCUGGUCCCCAUCCUCAUCGAAGCAGCCCAGAAGGGCAAGAUGAAGUUUGUGAUUGGAAACGGCAAGAACUUGGUGGACUUCACCUUCGUGGAGAACGUGGUCCACGGACACAUCCUGGCUGCAGAGCACCUCUCCCAAGACACGACCUUGGGUGGGAAGGCAUUUCACAUCACCAAUGAUGAACCCAUCCCUUUCUGGACGUUCCUGUCCCGCAUCCUGACAGGCCUCAAUUACGAGGCCCCCAAGUACCACAUCCCCUACUGGGUGGCCUACUACCUGGCCGUCCUGCUGUCCCUCUUGGUGACAGUAAUCAGUCCUCUCAUCCAGCUCCAGCCCACUUUCACACCGAUGCGGGUCGCACUGGCCGGCACAUUCCACUACUACAGCUGCGAGAGAGCCAAAAAGCUCAUGGGCUACCGGCCCCUGGUCACCAUGGAUGAGGCUGUGGAAAGGACUGUGCAGAGUUUUCACCACCUGCGGAAGGUCGAGUGAGGCACCUGGAGACUGGGCCCUCUCAAUGCAUUCCCCCGCUGCUAACUCUCUCCCCUGUGGGCCAAUAAACUAACCCCCAAAUGAGUUUUUUUGAGCUUAGGUCUCCUGCCAGUUAGAUGAGAACACACCCAACCCUUCCGUGACCGCAAGUGUGACAAAAACAGUAGACAUUUCUUCCUUCAGAGGACUGGAUUUGGAUUUCUUAAAGCACGAAGUUUCACAGGCUACUGUUUUGCAUUCUCUCUCCCUCUCCAUCCUCCCCCCCAUGCACUCCCCUCUCUCCUAGGUUCCUUAUCAUUCCCGUGUCCUUGUACAUAAUCAAGGAAGCUAUAGGGAAGACACAACCCAUUUGCUAAUUGAGGAUGGGGAACUAGAUUUAUUUCCAUGGGAACCAUCACAACUAGCCUUGAAGAAAAGUAGAAGUUAUAAACACAUGGUGAGACUUCAAAUGUACAUUUCAAAUAGAGUUUAGAGCAAAAACUCAAAAAGCUUAAAUAGCUGUAGCCCUCCCUGCGGAGUCCCCAGGGGGAAAGGACUGCACCUCCUUACAUGCUUGCAAGUUCUCUGUCAGGUACAGCUGCGUACUUCCCUGCAUUGUUUGUUCAUAAAACAUUGUUUCAUGGACACAUUUCUCUUUA